GAACUCUAGAUACUUGCAUGCAUUUGCUUGUGCCUUUUAAAAUCGUUUUAAAAGGCAUGAUAUCAUAAUGUGCAGCAUGAACCUUCUCAGGCUAUCCAGCAUUUUUAAAACGUGCAAUUCAAAUAUAACGUCGUCGGUGUUACGUUACCGAUCAACCUCUGUAAUGGUGUGUCAACUGCAACGUUUUCGCCAUAUCGCACAUUACCGGAAAAAAGGAAUGAAAAACGUUGCACUUAUGUCCCAAGUAUUUGAAAAUGUAAAGAGCCUUAAACUGUACUCCACUCAAAAUCUUCCAGGAAAAAACGUUAAAGACCAGACCGAGAAUAUCCUCACGAUACCAAAUUUUCUUACUGUUGGCAGAAUGAUAAUGUGUCCAAUACUUGGCUAUCUAGUCAUCCAAAAUGAUUAUCCUACUGCAUUUGGCUUAUUUGUGAUUGCUGGAAUCACUGAUUUACUUGAUGGAUGGAUAGCCAGAACAUUUCCCAGCCAGUCUUCUUUAGCUGGGAGUUUUCUAGACCCUUUGGCUGAUAAAUUGCUCAUAGGAACCCUUUUCAUUAGUCUUACCUUUAGUGGAGUUAUUCCAAUGCCACUUACUGUACUUAUUGUUGCGAGAGAUUCUUUACUUGUUGCUUCUGGUUUCUAUGUUCGCUACAUCUCUUUGGAGCCACCUCGAACUGUGGGUCGUUAUUUCGAUCCCUCGUUGGCUACAGCACAAUUAGCGCCAACAAAUAUUUCGAAAUUCAACACUGCCGUUCAGCUACUGCUCGUGGCCUGCAGUCUUGCCGUCCCUGCAUUUAGUGUUGGAGAACCAAUUCUGCCCGUUUUAUGGUAUGUGACAGGAACGACAACCGUCUUAUCGGGACUCAGUUAUGUGUUUGCUAAAAACACUUAUCGCAUCAUAACGCGAUCUCGUGCAAAAUGAAACAUGAAUGUAGACAAAUUAUGUGAAUUUAGUGAUAA